AUGGACCACUCAAUGCACCACUCCGGCAUGGAUAUGGACCACGGCGGCCACAGCGAUAUGGAUAUGGGCGGGAAGUGCAACAUGAAUAUGCUCUUCACCUGGUCUACCAAGGAUCUCUGCAUCGUCUUCCGCCAGUGGCACAUCAACGGCCCUCUCUCUCUUCUUGUUUCGCUUCUUGUCAUCGUACUGUUGACCGCGGGCUACGAGGGCAUCCGGCAAAUCACACGAAAAUACGAGGCUGCACAGGCUCAGCGUCUCAGUGCUGUUGGGGUAACAACGGCUACGAGUGGCAAUGAGUACGCCGAUGAAGUCGCCGACGAGGCCGCGACGGCCUUCCAUGCAAACCUAACCCAUACUCUCCCGGACGCGAGCUCACCGCUAGUUGUAGGCAGGGAUAACAGACGGGCUGUGGAACGAAGAGGGAAGAUCACCCUUGCAGCUUUGUAUGCCGUGCAGGUGUUCUAUAGCUUCUUCAUUAUGCUGCUGUUCAUGACCUAUAAUGGUUUCAUCAUGCUGGCAGUUGCCGUCGGUGCUUUCGUGGGAUAUCUGGUUUUUGGAGACAACCAAUCCGCUGCGAAGACGGUGGCUUGUCAUUGA